AUGCUGGCCAAAGAUACGUUUGUACUGUACACCUAUGGUUCCGAAGUCCUCGCUAUUGCUCACGGUUAUGAUACGCCGAGGAUCAGAGGUGGUGCCAAUGUUAUUUGUUUUAUGCAGCGAGAGUCGGCAGGGCUGUUCAGCAAUUUAUGGGAGUGGAUUCGUGCAAAAGUCCCCAAUAUUCGUUCGAACUUGAAGACAAUCGUGUGUAAUAGCGAUGAUGCAUUGGAACUUUCAAUACAUGCGUCGAUUCCACGAGCUGAAAUAAAAAGAACUUGGAUUACUGUAGUUCGGGCAAUACACAGGAGGUGGAAUACUCUAGAUCUCCCAAAGCGUGGUAGCAAUCUAAAUCAGAUGCUGUAUUACGCCAGUGCACUACCCUUCGUACCUCCUGGCAUGAUGGAGCGUGCAACAACUGUCAUUGAGGGAAUGUUUGCUGCUCAUGAGCAGAAUCAUUGUCAGUUCAGAGAAAUGAGUAAAUUUAUAAGAACCGAUAUAGUACCACAAACAUACAAUUUUUCAAUCUGGACAGUACCCUGGAAGGAUAGGUGUCCAGAAGAAAUUUUGAAUUUCGCGUUACUAAGUCAUUUCAAAGAAAACCAUCCUUCCAUGAAUACAUUUAUUGAAAAAUUGCCAGCAUUAAUCGAAAAAGGUUCAUCACUAAUGGAGAAAGAAUUCAAAAAAAACGAUUAA